AUGGGCUCUCACGAAGACGGAGGCAUGGCGGCAAGUGGUGUAGAUGCUGGUGCAGUGAUGCAAAAGUACACCGAGGAAGCUCAAAAGCGCGUGAUUUACCGUCCCCAGGGCAUGGCACACUACGCUGACCUCCGGACCAUCGAGUCUGGCCGGUUUCACGCUCUUGCCGAGGACCCAUGGGCCGACCAUGACGCCCUCAACGCCCGGGAGCCACCGCUGAAGGACGGUGACAAGGCGAAAGUGGUCAUUCUGGGUGGAGGAUUCGGUGCGCUUCUUGCUGCGGUGAGGCUCAUCAAGCAGGGUUUCGAUGCCAAUGAUAUCCGGUUCGUGGACUCAGCGGGUGGCUUUGGUGGGACUUGGUACUGGAAUCGUUAUCCAGGUCUGCACUGUGAUGUUGAGUCGUACGUCUAUUUGCCAUUCCUGGAAGAGACGGGCUAUGUGCCGAAAAAGAAGUAUUCCCCCGGGUAUGAGAUCUUGGAGCACUCAGAGAGGAUUGCAAAGCAUUGGAACCUCGCAGACAAGGGCCUCUUCAGAACUGAGGUCUCGGAUCUGACAUGGAACGAAGAUGGCAAGACAUGGACAGUCAGCAUGAUAGAGACCCGAGGCCCUGGCCAGUCUCCUCGCAAACUGAAAGUCGAGGCUCAGUACUUCAUCAUCGCGUCCGGCGUGCUCUCCCGGCCCCAGGUCCCCAAGAUUCCUGGGCUCGAGUCGUUCGCUGGCAAUAUGUUUCACACAUCCCGUUGGGACUGGACUGUCACAGGAGGCACACCCGCCGACGCGAACUUGAGCAAUCUCAAGGACAAGAGGGUAGGCAUCAUCGGCACAGGCGCAACCGCAAUCCAAGUUGUACCGAACCUCGCAAGACAUGUGAAAGAGCUGCACGUCUUCCAGCGCACUCCGGCGGCGGUACAUAGGCGUGACCAGCGGGACACAGACCAGCAUGAGUGGAAGACACAGAUUGCCGCCAAGAAGGGCUGGCAAGACGAGCGGACGAUAAACUUCACUUCCUACGUCUGCAGGGCCGGCGGCUCUGACGAGGUUAACCUGGUCGACGACGACUGGACCAAGAUCGAUGCGUAUCAUGCCAUCCUCGGGUCUACCCGCAAGCCUCCCGUGGAACCAACUCCCGAGGCUAUCGGGGCCCACGUUGCUGAAUUUGUAGGCUUAGACCUACCACACGGAGAGGCGCUCAGGAGGAGGGUCGAUGACAUCGUGAAGGACAAAGACACCGCAGCCAAGCUCAAGCCGUGGUAUCACUCCUGGUGCAAGCGCCCGACCUUCAGCGACGAGUACCUGCAGGCUUUCAACCUGCCGAACGUGCAUCUCAUUGACACGGAUGGGCGCGGCGUCGAGUCCGCGAACGAGAAAGGCCUUGUGUUCGACGGCAAGGAGUACCCGCUGGACGUGUUGGUCCUGUCCACCGGGUUCAUAUCCACAUCGGCCGGGGGAGGAGACCCUGCCCUCCGGUCGGGGAUCCGUGUCUCGGGCCGCAAUGGGUUGGUGUUCCAGGAAAAAUGGAAGGCGCAAGGAGCGACGACGUUGCACGGCCUCCUCAGCCACGACUUUCCGAACCUGUUCUUCCUCAGUCCUUUGCAGGCAGGGAGCGCCCCGAACAACGUUCACAUGCUGGACGUCCAGGCCAAACACCUUGCCUACAUCCUCGGCCAGGCAAGGGAUAAGAACGCGGCGACCGUCGAGGUGUCGGCAGAAAGCGAGGAGGCGUGGAGCCUGAAGUGUAUGGCUGGUGCAGCGUGGUAUGCGGUCGUUCCGAUGUGUACUCCAGGGGCCAUGACGAACGAAGGAGAGGGUUAUGGCAAGCAGCCAGAACCAGCAGAGGCGAUGAAGAAGGCCCGGGCAUCGCCUUGGUCGGGAGGUCUAUUAAGCUACGACAAGAUAUUGGCAGAGUGGAGGGAAAAGGGCGAUAUGGCCGGAGUGAUCUUCGAGUAA